AUGUUUGGAGAUACCUAUAGAAAUUCAUUAAAUGAUUUGCCUCUUUUCAAUAAUAUCAAGAAGCAAUUGGAACAAAAUCGAGAUAAAGAGAAGAAAUCACCACGAACUCUCACGCAUAAUAAAAAUGAAAGGACGAGGAUACGAAGUAACAGAUAUAUGCAUUCGCUUAAUGCGUAUAGUGCUAGUAGAUCUCAACCAUUACGAUAUUCUAGAAACAUGAAAGGAAAAAUUGAUUAUUUGAAUGUUGAAGUAGAGAAUGAGAAUAGAAGACGAAAUCAGUUACGAUCUUUAGGAGGCAAUAUUUUUAAACCAAUUGGAUUUGAAUCCAGAGGGAAAGAACCUGAAGUAAUCAAGCAACAAGUAUUAACUAAUAGCAUAUAUGAUUCAUUGUGGAAUCGAACUAGUAUAACGCAUCUAUCUAAUAUUGAAUCGCCAUUCAUGAUUCAAGGAUGUAUAUCAUCUGAUGGAAAUGUCGAAUUCAAUUGUGAUGAAGUAGAAGAGAACCAAGCAUCGAAUAUGAGUCUUGAACGUCGAGGAAAUAAUAUACCUGGUCGAAAUGAAUUAAACUUUAGAUUUCAUGAAUCAUUUCAAACUUCAAAUAUUGUUGCUGUUGAACAUUCUGGGAUAGAUACAUUUGAUAAUGCUAAUAUAUUAGGUCUAACUAUACAAGAACCCGAAGACGAUGAACAAAGGGAGGAAGAUGAGAAUGAGAGUUGGGAUGAAGAAAAUGCAAUUUGUUACGAUGAUGAUACGAUUUGA